AUGCACCUCAACUUUCUCUUGUUUCUUGCCAAUGUCCUUGGCAUUGUUCAUGGCAAAGUCACCGUUUACUACCAGCAGGGCCAGACGCCGCUCGGGACAGCGUCUUCAACAGCAAAUCCAACUGAGAAUACUGGGUUGGCAGCCUACAACCAGGUGACGCUUUCACCUCCAGCGCUACCAGACCCCAAGCCGCCCACCGACUUUGUUAUACAACUUCAAAAUGGAGGAACACCAGGAGCCUCGAUACCUCAGGAGGGCUCCUUCUUUGGAUUCUCCAUCGAAAUGUCGGUGGUAAAUCAAGUUUUGGGCAAGAACGCGUCGCACCUUCAGAUUCCUUUCCUGAAUUUGAUGGCCAACAUUCAACAACGUGCAGGCCGUGUGCUGGUCCGUGUUGGUGGUAAUACACAGGAAACCGCAACACUCGUCGACAGCCUCCCUGACGGUCGUGCUCUUGAGAAGGAUCUUCUUGGCGUUUCAAAUCCGACACAAACCCCUCCACUUUUGUUUACGCCCGAAAUUUUAUAUAUGAUGAAUAAUAUUUCGUCGCUCGUUAAUGUCCGGUGGUUCUUGGGUAUUCCAUUCAACGACACGAACAAUUUCAGGUUGGGAAUUGCGGAGACUGGCACUGCAAUCUUAGGCGACUACCUCAUUGGUUUGCAAGCAGGCAACGAACCUGACCUGUACCUUCGCCAUCAGCAUCGUCAAGAUCCUUAUGGUCCCGGUGACUACGUUAAUGAAGUCGGGAAAUUAGUUACUGCUAUGGCGGGCGAUUCCUUUUCUCGAGCCCGUUCUCUGCUCAUCGGCCCCAAUCUUGCUAUGGGUGACUGGACGCCUGAACAAAUCUGGGAUACCGGAUUUGUCGACCAGUUCAAUGAUAACCUCCAAUACCUUGCAAUGGAAAAAUACCCUACUGACAAUUGUGCUGCGCAAUUCAAUACUGGUGGAACCUUGCAAGUCCCGCAAGAAGUGUUCCCAAGCUUCCUGACCCACACAGCUGGCCAAAACAUCGUGAAGCCGUAUCUCAACUCCACGUUGUUCGCUCAGACUAAGAACAAGAAGAUGUUGAUGUUCGAGACCAACACAGCCUCUUGCGGUGGAUUCCCCGGUAUCUCUGACGCAUUCGGUGCUGCUUUGUGGGCGUUGGAUUACUCCCUGCAGAUGGCUCAUGCGAACUUCUCUGGAGCCUUGUUCCACGUUGGUGGUCAAAACGUGUUUUACAACCCUUUCACUUCCCCUCCUACUAACGAAUCGACCUUCCACCAAUGGACGAUUGGACCCAUCUACUACUCCGCCCUUGUCAUCGCAGAAGCUCUUGGUUCUUCUAACAAGUCCCAAGUUCUUGACCUUGGUAUCAAUGGCGGUAAUGAAUUCACUCCUGGGUACGCAAUAUACGAAGAUGGAAAUCCCGUCCGCGUGGUCCUCCUCAAUUACAUGACGGACGCCUCGGGCGCAAGCGCUUACACGGCUAGAAUCGCCAUCGGGGGCAGCGGCAUUAACCAACCCAACGCAUCCCCUGCUCAAGUUAAAGUCAAAUACCUCUCUGCUGCGUCCGUUUCUCAGAUCGGUAACAUUACAUGGGCCAACCAGACCUUCGGCUCCCACUUCGACUCGGAUGGCCGGCUCAUGGGUGAAGAGGUUAUCCAGACCGUUGACUGUGACCAGGGCACCAACCUGUGCAGCAUUACGGUCCCCGCCCCAGGCGCCGCUUUGGUAUUCUUGAGCGAUAGCGCGUUGACAGAGACCGGUGGCGCGCCGUCGACGACAUUUGCAACGACGGCUCUGACAAAGACUCUUAAUACCGCCUCCAUUGACCCCACCCUGUUGGCGACGAGUAACGGUCACCGUACCGGAAAGGUCGGGAGCACUAGCCCUGGAUCUGCGAGUAGUGGAUGGGGACUGAAGGAUACCCUCCCUGGCCUUUCGUUACUUGUAGCCGUGGCUGCAGGGGGAAUGGUUUUGGGAAGAGCGUUGACUCCAUGA